UCCUCCAACUCAUCGUAUAAUAGGUUAAACCAAUUUCCCUUCUUUCUCUCUCUCUCUCUCUCUCCCUACCCGUCAUUUCCACUGAUCCAUCCCCCUUUCUGAUUCCGAUUCAUCCAUAACCUAGCCAGAUUCACGUCGCCGCCUCCUUCAGAACUACUGCCUCCAUCCUCCGAUCAGGUGGACAUGAGCUCUCACGCUCCUCGAAUUGAUAGAAGAGACAAUAACAAUAAUAAUAAUAACAGGCCCAGGUUUCCUCGUCGUCAAGAAUGGAUUCCCAGAGGAUCAUCCACCGUGACAGUUGAUGCCAAUCCUCCGUCGUCAACUGUUGCUUCAAAUUCAGAAGGAAACGCAUCGCAUAAUGGUGUUGUAGGAAAUGUUGAUAUACCACGAUCAGGUCCGCACUUGCAUUUGCCUAAUGGUCAGAGGAGGCAUGGACCUCGGGGGGCUGUUAAUCAGAAUCGAGAUAGACGAAGGGAGGCCCCUCGAGGUUCAAAUCCAACCGCUGCUGCAGGUGCUUCUUUACCUCAGCUUGUUCAAGAAAUUCAAGAUAAACUUUUGAAGGGGACGAUUGAGUGCAUGAUAUGUUAUGAUAUGGUCAAGCGAUCUGCUCCCAUUUGGUCUUGCUCCAGCUGUUAUUCCAUUUUUCAUUUGCAUUGUAUUAAAAAGUGGGCUAGGGCUCCGACUUCUAUCGAUUUGUCUGCUGAGAAGAAUCAAGGGUUUAAUUGGCGAUGCCCUGGGUGUCAGUCGGUGCAGCUUAUGUCCUCUAAGGAUAUCCGGUAUGCUUGUUUUUGUGGAAAGAGGCCGGAUCCUCCUUCAGAUCCGUAUCUCACACCGCAUUCUUGUGGGGAACCUUGUGGAAGACCGCUCGAGAAGGAGAUUGCUGCUUCAGGUUCGGCUUCUAGUAGAGAUAGAGAUAGAGAUGAUCUUUGUCCUCAUCGUUGUGUUCUUCAAUGCCACCCUGGUCCCUGCCCACCUUGUAAGGCUUUUGCUCCACCAAGAGUAUGCCCGUGCGGGAAGGAAGUUAUCACUUUAAGAUGCUCUGAUCAGAAAUCGCUUCUUACUUGUGGCCAGCGUUGCGGUAAACCUCUUAAGUGUCUACGCCAUCAUUGUGAUAAGAUAUGCCAUGUGGGUCCUUGUGAUUCUUGUGAGAUCCUCAUUGAUGCCUCUUGUUUCUGUAAGAAAAAGACAGAGAUAGUUGUUUGUGGUGAGAUGACGGUGAAAGGACAAGUGAAUGUAGAGGAGGAUGGGAUCUUUUCAUGCAAUUCGUCUUGUGGAAAACCUCUUGCUUGUGGUAACCAUGUCUGCAAAGAAACAUGUCAUCCUGGUGUUUGCGGGGACUGUGAUUUGUUGCCGGGAAGGAUUACAUCAUGCUAUUGUGGUAAGUCGCCUUUACAGGAGGAACGCCAUAGUUGUUUGGAUCCAAUACCGACCUGCUCACAGAUAUGUAGCAAAACCCUCCCGUGUUGGUUACAUGGUUGUAAAGAGACAUGCCAUCCAGGAUCCUGUCCACCGUGUAAGGUGAUGGUCAAUCAAAAAUGUCGUUGUGGGUCAACCUCUCGUUCUGUGGAAUGUUUCAACACCACCACUUUCACAUGUGACAAACCCUGUGGGCGCAAGAAGAGCUGUGGUAGACACCGUUGCAGUGACAAGUGCUGCCCUCUUUCAAAUUCAAACAAUGCUGCUACUCAGGAUAUGGACCCACACUUGUGUUCCAAGCCUUGUGAGAAGAAGCUAAGGUGUGGGCAGCAUGACUGUGGGUUAUUGUGUCACAGUGGCCAUUGCCCGCCUUGCCCCGAGAGGAUUUUCACUGACCUGACUUGUGCUUGUGGAAGAUCUUCGAUUCCACCACCGCUACCUUGCGGUACACCACCGCCCUCUUGUCAAUACCCAUGUUCGGUUCCUCAACCAUGUGGUCAUGUUUCAUCUCACAGCUGCCACUUUGGGGAUUGUCCACCUUGUUCGGUUCCUAUACCAAAGGAAUGCAUUGGGGGACAUGUUGUUCUUAGAAACAUACCAUGUGGUUCGAAAGAUAUCAGGUGUAAUAAACUCUGUGGAAAAACAAGACAGUGUGGAAUGCAUGCAUGUCUAAGGACUUGCCACCCGACCCCAUGUGAUUCUACGACCGGUGGUGGGUCCACUUCUGUUAAGGCUUCAUGCGGUCAGACAUGUGGUGCACCACGUAGAGACUGUAGACACACAUGUACUUCUCUUUGUCACCCUUAUGGCGCAUGUCCGGAUGUAAGGUGUGAGUUCCCGGUCACAAUAGCAUGUGGUUGUGGUAGAAUUACUGCAACUGUUCCUUGUGAUGCUGGCGGCAACAAUAGUGCUGACUCUGUUCUUGAGACAUCUGCAAUUCAGAAAUUGCCAGCGCCACUUCAACCAGUUGAAUCAAAUGGCAAGAAGAUCCCACUUGGACAGAGGAAGCUCAUGUGUGAUGAUGAAUGCGCGAAAGUGGAACGUAAAAAAGUUCUUGCAGAUGCUUUUGGUGUGACCAAUUCAAAUUUAGAGGCGCUCCAUUUCGGUGAGAAUCCUGCAGUUUCAGAUGUGUUGGGGGACUUAUACAGACGCGAUUCAAAGUGGGUUUUGGCAGUGGAAGAGAGAUGCAAGAUGUUGGUUGUUGGUAAGGGUAGAGGUGGUGUGAAGGUGCACGUGUUCUGUCCGAUGUUGAAAGAGAAAAGAGACGCAGUGAGGUUAAUUGCUGAGAGGUGGAAACUGUCAAUAAGCGCUGCUGGUUGGGAGCCGAAACGGUUUAUCGUCAUUCAUGUUACACCAAAAUCUAAGGCACCUAGUCGGGUUAUUGGAGCGAAAGGGUUGCAUCCACAUCCACCGAGUUUUGAUCCUCUGGUAGACAUGGAUCCGAGGCUAGUUGUGGCUUUGUUUGAUCUGCCAAGUGAUGCAGAUGUAAGUGCUUUGGUAUUGAGGUUUGGCGGGGAAUGCGAACUUGUGUGGUUGAAUGACAAAAACGCAUUGGCGGUGUUCAGUGAUCCGGCUAGAGCUGCAACUGCUAUGAGGCGAUUGGAUCAUGGGUCUGUGUAUUACGGGGCCGCUGUAGUAAACAGUGGCACAACAUCAUCAUCAGCAUCAUCAACCUCGUUGUCUGGUAAUGCUUGGGCUUCCUCAGCCGCAAAUCCAUGGAAGAAGGCUGUUGUGCAGGAGAGUUCAUGGAGUGGUGUUGCAGACCCAGAAACAACAACAGCAGCACCGUCACCAUGGAUGGUAAACGAAGGUCCGAUAAUCACGACUGCGGCUGCAAACAGAUGGAGCAUCCUGGAGUCAGAUCAUGAAUCCGGUCCAUCUGCAACAAGUUCUGUUGUACCAAAGCAGGAUGAUGUUGUGGAGGACUGGGAAAAGGCUUACGAGUAACUAACUAUCUAUAUUUGUUUGUUUUGAUGCAUUUGUGUUUUUUUUUCUUGAUGCUCUCUGCUAAAUUGGGAACAUUUGGCCAAUGGUGAUGCUUUGGGUAUAGUGGUCUGCAUUUGAAUUGCAACUUUAGAACCCUCGGUUAUUUUGAAAAUUAUCACUUGUAUGAUGCUCAAGACAGUUUUAUUCAACAUUUUAUCAAUAUAUAUGGUUUUCAUUUGAA